GCUUGGUGAGCUAAAAUUAAGCUAUUGCAAAGCAUUGCAAAUCCAAUGAUGUCCAAGUUUGAGGUCGUGUGCUGUUUGUUUAAAAAGUUGCCACAAACUUUGGCAAGGGGUUUGGGUGGCCGGGACGGGUGGCUGGGUGGCCGGUUGGCACCUCAUGUUGUAAGUGCUGCGUAAACUUUUAAUUAUUACACACUUGCGACGUUCAAUUUGUUCGCGAUGUAGCUAGAUUGAAAAGUUUGCAAAGUUCAAUUAUGUAGGACUUCUAAAUGUUAUUGCGCUAAUUUGCUGUGUUUGCUGCUUAUUUGUGUUACCCAAGCAGGCUUCGUGUUUUUUCUUGUUCUUCUUGUCAUUUCUGACUGAUACUAGUUACAUUAGUUUUAAAUACUAUCAAAGCAAACAAUACAAAAUUCUUUGUAAUCAUGACCGACUUUCGCCCCAAAUUCGGCUCCAUUCGAAAGGAUAGGAUCGAGGAUCCCGAGGACCGCCGAUACUUUGUUUAUCGGGUUUUUAUUCAAUUCAUCGUCUACACUGUACUCGCCUUCAUCCAAUGGCUCUGCUUACUUGCAAUAACAAGGCAUAUAUGCGAAGGAGUGAUUUUAAGCAACGAGUCGGCCUUGAUAGUACUAUUCUUCAUGGGCCUGCUCUUCUUCUUGGUCUUCGCAGUCAGCCCACAGCUACGGCACCGGGUCUGCGCUAACUGGCUGGUCACUUUCGUUGUAGUCGAGGCGCAGGUCCUAGCUAUCGGUCUGUUAUCUGUACGAAGCGACUACCUCUUAAUGCUGAUUGGCUUCGUCUUCGUGCUCGUAAUCAUGAUUGUGGUCCUGAUAGUGGUAAUAUUUCUGCCGUUUGACCUCACGAAUUAUGGAACCCUAUUGUUUAUGUAUAGCCUCUGUGUGUUUGUAUUCUGCGUAUAUUGCAUCAUGUUUACCGUUGUCCUCUUGGUCCGCUGGCCCUUUUACUUGUUCAUCUUUGGUCAAGUCUGCUUGGUGGUACCCAUUAUGGCGUAUCAUGAGCAAACAAUACUGGGCAAAGGCGAGGUGAGGUCCAGCCUCCAUGAUGACAAGUUCUGUGCGCUGCUAUUGUUCCACGAUUUUCUAGCUCUGUUUUUGCCAACCUUUUUCUGGUACUACUGGUAGCCCGCCCGCUGCUAGAAUCAAUAAAAG